GCUGACAGUCCCUGGCUCCCCGCAGGUGUCCGGAGGCUUUUCGGGACAUGCAAGAGGUGGCCGGACGGCAACGCCUGGCCUUCGCCGAGAUCGUGAACCGCCUCAGCUUCCUGCACCGCUUCCUGGUGGGGGAGUCCCAAGCCCUGGGCUCCUUCCUCUACCACCUGCUGACCGGCAGCGCCGCCCUGCUGCUCACCUCCAGCCAGCGCACUGCUGGGGCCAGGUUGAUCCUGCUGGGCCUGGUUGGGGGCAACGUCUACCUGGAGCGUGUGGUCAGUGGACUCGUCUUGGAGAACACUGAGGCCGGCUCCGAUCCAACGGAGGCCCUUGCCAGCUGGGUGGGGCUAUGCCGCAGGCUGUGUGUGGGCGCCGGGCUGGCUGUCCUGGCCUAUUGCGUCCUCACUUACCGCGACGUGGCCCAGCAGAGCCGGGAGGUGCUGCGGGGGCUGCAGGAGACCCGGGCCCAGAUGCAGCACAUCCUGCAGGAGACAGAACGCCUGCUGGCCCAGCGGGGCCCAGAUCCCAGCCAGGACAAUGCCGAGUUCGCCGACUCGGGCUUCCCAGAGCCCCUCUCCCGGCCGGAACGAGGAGCCCCCUGGGUGGAGGAGCUCAGCACCAGCAGCCCCAAGAUCCGGAGCCGCUCCCCGGCCCGCCAGCGCACCCGGCCGCAGAGACGCACCAGCCGACGGGACUCGGAGAGACGCAAUGUUCCUGUGCCAGUGGACGGGCUGUGCUGCUAUGAUCUCCGGCACCGGCCGGCCCUGAGAGACCCCCCCCAAACGCCAGCCACAGUGAAGGGGCCCCUCUGCAGCACCCGAAGGGGAAGACCUCAGUUGCCGGCGGCAGGUGCCAUCCUGCUGAACCCAACCUGGGAUCAGACUCCUACUGCGUGAAUGUCACCCCAAGCCGGGAGCCAGGACUCCUGGGUUCUCUCCCCAGCCUGGGCAGGUCUGAGUGAGACACGCAGGACAGGGGGAGGCUGCGUGAUGUUUUAAUGGAGACGGGCCGUGCCGUGCCGCGGCUUUUAGCCGGUAAUAAAAGGAGCCUGACAAUU